GCUACCUUCAAUUUCAUACACGUAGUUAAAUGAGGCUGUUCCCCAAUCCUUCACUCGGUGAUUUGUUUUUCAUAUUCUGAAGGCUACGAGAGAAGGUAGGGAGCUGAAUAAAGACAAUGGAAGGGCCCAGUGGCAGCUUCCCGCAGAUCGACCUGAGCAACAAACUCAUCAUCAAAGCCCAGCUUGGGGACGACAUCAGGAGGAUACCCAUCCACAAUGAGGACAUCACCUACGAUGAACUCAUCCUGAUGAUGCAGAGGGUCUACCGGGGCAAGCUCAAUCCAAGCGACGAGGUCGUCAUUAAAUAUAAAGAUGAAGAUGGUGAUUUGAUAACAAUUUUCGAUAGUACCGAUCUUUCAUUUGCAAUCCAGUGCAGUAGGAUUUUAAAAAUCACAUUAUUUGUCAAUGGUCAGCCAAGGCCGAUCGAGAGUGACCAAGUCAAGAAUCUGAGGCGAGAGCUGCAGUCCAUACGUAACCAAGUCAACUUUCUCCUGGACUCCCUGGAGCCUCGGUUACCCAUCGAGAAACCCGAAGGUACUUGUAAGCCCUCUGUGCGAUCAAAGAAAAAACCAAAAGAUAAUGCUGCGGAGGAGCAAGCUGAAGCCAAGCCUGCCGUCAGCACAGCCCAGACUGCCAUGUUUGAUCCAUACAAACAACCAGCUCCAAACGCAGCCGUCAUGAACAGCUUCGGUAUUGACAAAGAUGAAGCAACAGAAAGGCCGGCCUCGCCUGCUGACAGCGUUUCAAGUCGGAGCUCCAAUGUUGGUCAACAGCAGCAACAGAGGCAACAACCCCCUGCCAACCAGCCAGGCGCACCCCACCCCCAGCCUGGUGCCCCUGGGGUCACACAGGGUAUGUCACCGGUUCACUCGCCCCGCCCUGGCCCCCAGCAGCCCGGCAUGCCGCAGUCCCAGCAGCAGCAACAGGCUUAUGCUCCUCGUCCUUCAAGCCAACCCACCACCCCGGGGCUCUAUGGUGCUCCUACUCCUACUUCAGUGGGAUAUCAACCAGGCAACAUGCCCCAACCUCAGCAACAACAGCAACAACCACCUGUUUCUCAAGGCUACACCCAGCCACAAGCCCCGUACAGUGGUCAACAAGAACAACCACAACAACAACAGCCGCAGGGAUACCCACAACAGCAGCAACAAGGAUACCCACCGCAACCACAACAGCCGGCGUACAAUCCCCAGCAACAGCAACAACCGCAACCGCAACAACCGGCUGCCUACAGCGCGUACCAGCAGCAACCCGGGCAACAAGCUGGCGGGCAACAACCCUACCCGACACCAGCUGGGGGCCCGGGCAACCCCUACGCUAGGAACACCCCUUAUGGCAGGCCCGGGGCGUACCAGCAGCCGGGAUUGGGGUAUAAAUGAGUGUCAUGCCUGAGGGAAGGUCCUAAUAGAAACAUGGAAAGAAGCUUAGAAGCAUUUUAUCUUAUAUCUCAUUGAUAAAAUAGUUGACUAAAGAUCUAGAAUAAAAAAAAAAAAAAACAUGACAUAUACAGUCAGACCUCCACAAAUUCAAACUUUUGAUCCAAAAGCAAAAUGAAAAUCAGUAAAAAUUACUUACCUCUAAAUUUUUUACUGCACACUUACGUCUUCAGCUAUAUGACCUGCCUGGGCAUCGCUGGAAGUGACGUAGCAGCGAAGAAUUGGGUCAUAAACUCUUGGAAGUUUGUAUGUGUGGAUGUUUCAUCAAUGCUGUUUAACUCUCAUUCGAUUGUGACAGUCAGACAGUCCUGUCUAUAUAGACUUCUCAUGCGAUACAAAAGUGCAUCUGUAAUCCAAGCUACAUUUAUGUGGGGAAGUUACAAAUUGAUGCAGAUGUUUGAGGUUUAAGCCCUGGGGGGCGUUUCACAAAGAUUUAAGUAUGACUUAGAGUCGCACUUAAAUACCGAGCUGCGUACGGUAUGAAAGGCUUGACUGCAUUGGUCAGAUCGUGUCGUGGGGACGCGCAUUAUUGCGUAUCUAUCAAUAAGAUCGCGCGUUGCAUAUCAAGUACGCGUCGGCAUUUAAGUGCGACUUAAGUCAUUCUUAAAUCUUUGUGAAACACUCCCCUGGUGAUUUCUUUUUUACAUUAAAGGUAGGUGUCAGGCCUAAGUAAUUGUACCUAACAUAAUCUGCUGAAAUUGAUCCAUCAGCUGUAAAACUGCAACGUAAAUUUUCAGUUGAUUGCAAAUAUUUUCUUACAACACCGCCUAUUCUCAUAAUGAAUGUUUAUGAGUGCAAUGGACAAAAUACUUCAUGAGGUGAAAGAUGAAAUGAUCAGUUGAAUGGAUCAUACAUUUCAUCUUUCACCGAAUCGAGUAUUCUGUCCAAUGCAUGAAUGAAAAGAACAUUUAGUAUUUGUUUUACAUGACACCUUAAAAUAGAUCCUUGUCAUUUGACAUUUAUAAAUCUGAAUGCAAAUGUGCAUUCAGUGGGAGCGUGGUCGGUUGAUUGUCGCGUACAUUCAGCACGCGCACUGUGUUUUCUCGUGUAGUGCCGGUGAUCCCUGCGAGUAUGCAAUGGACAAAAUCGUAUGGAUCCAAAAUUGCAGAAUGAAUGGAUCGAAAAUUGCUUGGGUGAUGACGUCAUUGUAAAAUGGGCUGAGAAUGAUCGACAUCAAAUGACAGCGAUCUAUCUAGGUGUUAUAUAUAAUGGAUUAUUCCCUCCAUGGUUUUGUUUCUUUUAAUUCUUCAACAUCAUGAGAAAAGGAAAAGUACGCCAGGGGCCCGUAACACAAAACUUAGCUUGAUUGCAUUGACUACAAUGUACAAUUAAUCGUGAAAAUCAAGCAUACAAUCAAUCGCUAACCUUUGUGUUACGUGACACAGGUCACAUAAUUUCCAAAUUGCUUCUCAAGAUUUCAUUUUUUUUCAUGUUUCUUUUAGAUACCCUUUCUUCUUUCUAUUUUGUACAGAAAUUUAAUGAUAAAUUCAUGAUAGUAUAUUGUUCACUAUUUUGUUUGUAUAAAAUGACCAAUCUAGCCAAAAUGGGAAUUAUUAUAUGUGUUUGUAUAUGAAUAAGGGGAAUGCUAAUGCAAUGUAUGCCACUGGGCCCCGUGACACCAAUGUUUGUGAUUAAUUAUAAAUAUGAAAGAUCAAUUCUGAUUGGUUCCUGGCUAGUGCUCUAAACAAAAUGUGCAUGAAACAAUGAUCUUGAUUCGCCAUUUGUCAUUUAGCGAUUGAUUGCAAACAUUUGUGUUACGUAGCCCUGGUCUGUUAGAAAUGCAGAAAUGUAGCUGUGGUUUAGAUAAUAGAGAUGACCAUUAGAAGCUUGUAUGCGUCCAAUUAACAUAAUUUUAUAUGAAAUGACUAUUUUGGUUGUCACAAAUGGAUGAAGAGCAUGGAAAUAUAUAUAUUCAUUACAUUCAAUGAUGUGGUAAAUUCUUUAAACAAAUUCUAUAUGAUCAUUACUUAUAAUUGUACAACGAAUUUGGACAUCAGAACUUGAUAAUGAUAAUAAUUCCACUUUCAUAUUGCGCUUCAUUGGAAUAAUGUUAUUACAGAAUUGCCCUGGUCAGUGUAUUCUUGUUUGCCUGCGUACAUUGUCGAUGGUACAGAUAACGUAGACAAGGUUUCCAGAGGAAUACUUAUCGGGACUUGUCCACAUUUAUUUUUCUCAUGGAUGCUGUACAUUCUAUAACGGAAGUGAGCCUUUGGUUUUAGUCUCAGCGUAAAAAAAGUGGUUUGUGAACAUUACUUCACAAUCUCUCACAUUUAUUGAUAUCUUGAAUUAUAGAUACAGUAGUGCUAGAAAGUUAGCAAAACCCACCAAAAAAGGAACUCCUUCAUGCUGAGUGUUGAAUGCAGACAACAAUAUCGGUACUAAAAUUUUCGGCGAGCCCAGAGAAAAACACUUUAUUUAAUGUAAUAUUUUAUCACCUGACUUCCAAGUGUUGUGGCCCUGUGGAUUAGUCUUCUGACUUUGAAACAGAGGGUCAUGGGUUCAUAUCCCAGCUAUGGCAAAAUUUCCUUCAGCAAGAAAUUCUUCCACAUUGUGCUGCACUCAACCCAGGUGAGAUGAAUGGGUACCUGGCCAGAAUUUAUUCCUUGAAAUGCCACCGAGCUGUAAAAGGCUGCGGGGCUAAAGCCAGGGUAAUAAUAUCCAAGUCCUUUGGAAGCGCAUAGGGACGUUAUGACACUGUGAUAUGCGCUAUACAAGAACUGCGUUAUUAUUAUUAUUGAUUAAAUGUCUUUAUAUAACAUGGAGAACUAUUAAAUAUGUUCAUUUUCCGGGGGGGUUCACUAAGUUUUUAGCACCACUGUUUAUCAUAGAUACACAUAUAUAUUUUUUCAGUUUGAAACAUUCAUAUUCCCAGGAGGGGGGAGGGGGGUUCUGAAGAAUAUAAUACCCCAAACAUAUUAUUCUACCAUAUUAUUUAUUCUAACUUCCAUAAACUACUAACACCCUUUCCCUUUGAUUUUCUCAGGAUAUGAAUUAUGUCAUUAUAGCAUGUACUUAUAUUAUUGGUUUGUAAUCAACUUUAAAAGAUAGUAUAUCUUCUCGUCGGGCUGAAAUUAUAGGUUAUACUUCAUAAAGUUAAAUUAAGGAGAAUUGAUUACAUUGUAUGGAUUAUGUUAUCGAUUAAUAUUUUGCACAUUGCACACAGUAAGAUCAUUGAACGUAAUGAAAAGCUUAUACUGGAUUUACACAUUACUCGUUGGGUUGGGGCCUCUAAGCCAAUAGUAUUUCAGAACUUGUAGUAGGUGAAAUGUAGUUUCCCAAUGGGAGUAGUAAUUGCUAAAUAGUUUUUCAUUUCUAGUUUUUUACGGAACAGAAGAUAUUAUAAGCAUAUAGACAAUUAUUUUGUGAAUUUCUUUCUUACUCAAGUUUUAAUUUUUCAGGGUAACAUCAAUAUUUUUUUUGCAUUCCGUAUUCAUGUAGGCUACACAAUCUAUUACUUAAUUUGUCAAAUUAAAAGUUGAUUGAAAUCAGUUGCAGCCCACAUUCCACCCCCUCAAAAAAAGCUUAGAAAGCAUCUUGUUUGGGAUUAAAGGGGCAAACCUAGUCACAGGUACCCAGAAAAAUAUGUUUCGUCAGUUCGUAUGUUCAAACUGGCUUCAAAGCAGAGGAGUAACAAGUUACUGGUGGGGUGGGAGGGGGACAAGGGACGUGCUUCACAGGUCUAAUUUCACUGAUAGCAAAAAUAUAAAUUGAAAAAUAGUUUAUUUUUUAUUGAUUCCUCCCAAACAACUCUUCUAUGUCAUGCCACCCAGAGGAAUAUAAUUCCAAUUCUUUUCAGCCGGGUUUGGCUCUAAAAUAAAAAAUAUUUGUAUUUAUGCGUAAGGGGAAUGUCGUUAAUUGCAGGGGUUGCUCCAGGUUUUACCAUAAGGAGGGAAAAUAUAUUGACAAUACCCGUCUCCCCUUCCCAAGAAAGAGGGGAAAAUGUCAAAGGUCACCACUGUUUGAAGCACUUUCCUGUUGUGAUAUUUUUCUGAUAAGCAAAGAAAGACUAAUAUCCUCAAAGGGGGAUGCCCCUUGGCCUUUUGCCCCCCUACCAUUGCCCCAGAUCGGCACAUGAAGAGUAUUGCUUAGGUAGAAUACAAUUAUUGGAAUACAAUGAUGAUUAUUGUGUAGUUAUUUCAUGAAAUUUAAUCAAGUGAAUGUGCAUGGAGCACACAAAACGCAGAGGUAUUCGUUUAUAUGAUUUCAAAUGUGUAUGUGAAUGUGGUCUCUGUGCAUGUUAUGUGUAUCAUGUAUCAUUCUUAAAUAAAUAAUGGGGAAAAUAGCA